UAUCAGCUUACAAAAUAUUUGUGGAAAUACGACGGAGAAUCAAGUCAUCCAUGCAACAAAGCCAAGAGAAUACAAAGAAAAUAACCGUGUUCGCCAUGUUAAAAACUAGCGAUGCAAGAUUGCGUAAAUCCCUUAUUCUGCUGUGCAUUGUGCUAUUAAACGGAUUGGUCAUGGUGUCAUCAGGAAAUGCUCUGAAGAACUUAGGAUCGUUCAUUUCCUCUGCAGAAUCCCUUGCAAAUGCAAUUGGAGGAACAUCUGGAUCAGGGCAGUUUGACCGCGGCAAUGGGAAAAUCGUGAGUUGGUCGUUUAAAGGAAAACUCAUGGGCUUUAAAUGGAAAUACAUCGGUAUAUGCGUGGACCAAGCCACAGGAACAACCACCACAUCCGUUACGAAAGGCAGAGCUGGCGCAAUUGAGCACUGUCUGAAAGACCUGUUUCAGAAGAUAGGUGCCAGACAGGAGUUAUGAACAUCAUCAGCAUGGGAUGCCUUAUAAGAUGACUUAUAAGAUGACUUACAUGCCUUAUUUUUGUGCUAGGUUUUUGUCCGCGUCGAAUUAUUCUGUAACCUGUGUAUUUCUGCGGAACUAUUAUGAACUGGACUCAUUCUGCUAGAUAGAUUUAUGUAAGUAACGCUUUGAAGCUAUGCUCUGAUACAAUUUGUAGUGCGUCAGACUGAACAACACAAUGAAGGACAUGCUAUCCCUCAGUAUUUUUUACAAACAAAGCAAAGGAUGUAAGGAUAUGUAUUAUGUACUCAUCGAUAACAAAAAAAAUCAAUUCGUUCAGUAAAGAAGUGGACAGAAACUGGAUUUGCUUAUACAGAAAUAGAAUGGAAUAAUAUUUUGAACUUCCAUUUAAAACUCAAAAGAAUCCAAAUUUGAGUGGUUGCAAUUCUAGAUUUUACAUAGAAUUUUGCCAACAAUUGAGUACCUUUUAAACUCAAUAUAAUUAAUUCGCCGGCCUGCUCUUUCUGUAAUCAAGAUAAAAAUACUAUAGAACAUUUAUUUGUGGUCUGUUUUCAUGUCAAAGAAAAGUAGCUCUGCUUUGAAGAAUAGUUAAGAAGCAAGUUUAAUUUUUUAAUGACAUUUGAUUAAAAAAACUUUACUUUUUGAUAAAUUGAAAAACAAAAAUAUGUUUAAGACUUCAAAACGUAUUGAAUCUUACAGUAUAACAAUUUAUUUUUGCUAGUAAAUAUAAGAAUGUCCGUAAACUUUCAACGCUCAUGGGAUACAUAUUGAGAAACCACUGUUGCUUAAGAUUCGUAGAUUUGCUGAGUAUGAAAAGUAUUUAUAAACUACUUGUGAUUUGUUAUAAAAUGUGUUUAUAAUAGUUGCAAGGAAAUUGUAAGCAAAUUAUGGCAAAAGAAAAUAUAAGUUUACUAUUAUGUAUCCUCCUGCAUAGGUAUGACUUUUUGAUAGCAAGUGUUCCCUUCUCUUUCUCCACCCUCUUCACCCCCACCCCCCCCCCCCCUCCUGCACUAUUUAACUAAAAAUACUCAAACUUCCAUGGUUGAUAAAAAAAAGUAUUCCAGAUUGUUUGUGCAUAUAUAUGUCUGUUUGUCGGUGUAGACACUUGUCUGUACAUCUGAAUGUUUAUCUACGGUAUGUGACUGUGUUUAUAUCUUUAUAUUAAAUGAAGUGAAUAUGUGAUGUGUAAGCACUGUAAAUUAAGUAUAUGAGAAGGUGUGAAUAAUUUGUACACGAAAAAAACAUGUUAUCCGAGAAAAUAAUUAAACAUGUUUCAUUAUGUUUUAUAUACUUGUACGUACUA